AUGGGGAGCCAUCGCUUUUCACCGAUUACGCCUGACAACCACGCUGCGUCGGUAUGGAUUGCGACGCUGCUAUGUCUCAUCUACUCGAUCCUCACAUUGGCGUUGAGGGGUCAUUUGAGGUGGAAGAUGUACAGGUUGGACGACUAUCUGGCCCUGGCUGCAACCGUCAUCCAGGUCGGAGAGGUGGCUGCGGUGAUCGUUGGACUGGAUAAUGGACUGGGAAAGACUCAGGAGCUUCUGGAUCAGGACGAACUUUCAGAUGCCAGCCGAGCAACUUUCACUAGUCAAAUCCUGUUCAUCAUUUCCGCAACCAUAGCAAAAGCCUCUACGAUUUGUCUGAUGAUGAGGCUGUUCAACUUGGUCGGUCCACGAACAGCCAAAGAUUUCCGGUCAAAAGUCCUAUACUGGAUCAGCGUUUCUGUCUUGGUCACAAUGGCUCUCUGGGGACUCUUGUCAAUUGUGGCCGUGGCGGUCAACUGCUCUCUUCCGGGCUUCAUUCAAGGAGAUAGCGAGGGAUGCGGUGGUCAGUUCCUGCGCUGGCAAUUGAUCACUGCAUUUGACGUGAUAACCGAGUGCAUUUUGGUCUUGAUCACCGUCUUCGUUGUUUGGCCUGUCCAUCUGGCCCUGGCAAUGAAAUUCCAGGUUGUGCUGGCCUUUGCGUUCCGCCUCCCUGUGGCCGCGCUUUCUAUCCUCCACCUCCAUUAUGUCGCCAAAUACACCGGCUCCGACAAUCCCGGUAUUGCCAUUGUGCCUGUCAUCGUGAUCCAACAGGUGCAGUUGUGUUGGUCGCUCAUUGCAGCCACGGUCCCCAACCUCAAGUCAUUCGUUCGAAGCUUCAGCAGCGGAUUCGGCAUCCAACUGGAUCCUUCUCUAACGCAGGCAUACGGCUCGGGCAGGGGUUCUGGGCAGAGAUCUGGAGCUGGAUCUGGAUCUGGGUCCGGACGGCUGGGGCGAAUCAUGAAUGUUUUCGAGCUGGACUCUAUGCCAGGCAAAGGCACGGCAAAGUCAAGAUCGGCGGGCAAGUCGUACCACGACGCCGAACAAUACCCAAUUGUCCCACAGCAAGAAGCUAGCGACAACAAGGUUACCGUGAUCAGGGAGGAUGUUUCGAUCGACAGUGGCGGUAGCCGUGACCACAUUAUUCGCAAGGACUCCCAAUGGGACAUUCAUUACGAGACAAAACAAGGGCCGGCGUGA